CACCCAAAUCCACAGGAUUCAGAGGAGAUACUUCACCCAAAUCCACACGUAACCAAUGAGGAAUACAAGCUGAGAGCAGUGAUUGGCACGGAUUUCCUGCCUCUGGCACAUUUGCGACCGCACUGCCCUACAUCCUUGUAAUCCUAUAGACAAGGGAAUAAACAUAAGGCAGUCCUUAAAAAGGCCGGAAGUUUUCAGUGACUUAAAAAUAUUAAGAGCCGUGUGCAAAGGGGGAAUGUUUGUUCACAUUUCUCACUGAGCAUAGUUUCAGUUCUAAAUAAAUCAUAUUCAAAUAUUUAGGCACAAGGCAUACAUGUAAGAAAAAAAACAUUGCUAAGCAGUGACUAAUCAAGCAAGAUUUGUAUAGCACAAUUUAUUAUUAAUGAAUCAAAAAGGUUUUUUGGUGCUGGGGACUGAGCCACAGUUAUCCUUAAGGCUUUGUAAGGAAGUGUACAUAUCUUCUUUUGAUAGCUAAUUUAAAGCAUCAACUUAAAACCUGCCUAAAUGAGGAAAAUUGCCCCAUAGUUUUAAAUACAAAUAUUGGGAAACACAAGGUGAUUUUAACAGACUUUGUAAAUUUCUAUAUAGUCAGUAAAGAGUUCUGAGAUGAACUGCAAUUAAAAAAAAAAAACCCAAAAAACAGGAACAACUGCAGUCUGAUAUCAUCAAGUCCAUUUAUCAUGAGUUGGUCAAUUUUUAAUGACUGCCUUCUCCACUCAGAAUUCUGGGAGAGCAGGAUCCCUGGUGCUUAGCCUGAUGCAGAGCAAGUAUGCAGUAAUGCUGCUGAACUGUUCUCUAGUUCUUACCUUCCGCGUAGACGGAUUGAAGUCGCUCUGGACAAUUCAACUAUUAUCGGAUCAUCUCUCCUUCUAUGUCUGUUUCACACUUCAAACUGAAUACACCCAAGGAAAACACACUGGGCCUCUACCACAGCUUGUUUUACCUGUAUUCCUACGUCCGGUGCCACCACAUAACAACCCAGGCCCACUUACAUACUUCUAGACACUUCUUUCACACCCACCGUCUGAGCUAGUUUAGAGAGUUGUCACUGUUUUUACUUUUAUUUAUUUUUAAUGACAAACUAGCCUAGUCCCUUCUUCAAAAUCCUUGAAAACGAACCCCCGCAUUACCCCCUUCACACAAAUAAAUUCCCUCCUUAUAAUCGUCUCAUCUGCCUCCAGGAAAGCAUCUACGUUCUUCAGUAUUGGUAGGUCUACCUUCUUCUGUGCACAUACCUUCAGACUGCUGCUACUGCUCUCUCUCUCUCCAGCUCCAAACUUUGGUUAUUCAAAAUGAAUACUCCCCAAACACUUCGCGGGCCUCCACACGACCUGUAUCUGUUGUUUCCUCUGCCUAGGAAGAGCACUCCUUUCUUGCAAUGACCUCCUCUGGCAGCUUCUUACAGUGCCUUCAAGAUCUAGCCGCUUCCAAACCUCUGACCAUCACCCUCCUUCACAGACUUCCAUUUCCACGCUCCUCAACACUUUGAAGACUCAGGCUGUUUUCAUGUUUCAUAGAAAGCAACAGUGUGCCGUAUUACUUUUGUGAGAGACCACGCUUCCGUUCAUGCCCACACUUUUAGAGAUGGAGAAAGACGAACCACUGAGGUGUCAUGACUUAACAAAAGGAACAGAAGUGGCUGGAGGCUAAGAGCCUGGGCCAGAACACAGACUGCCAGGCUUUCAGCCACAUUAAAAAAAAAGCCACUUUUGAAGUUAAUUCCCAUCUAUCACUACAGUGUGACACAACCACAUGGUUACAUUGUUGCUUUGACAUUCAAAUCCCCUUCCCCCAGGUUUCCUGAAGGAAGGGCCAACAUCCUCCUUUGGCAUCCAGUGGUGACGGCAGGGUUCCUCUCCAUCUCUAUCUUUCACAGCCUGGAGUAAGGGGUGGGGUGGGGUGGGGGUGAGGGAUGCUCUGUCUGAAAGACUUCUGUUUAGGAUCGGUCCCUGCUGGGUUAGUUUGUAUUUCUGGAAGCCUUCAGCGCCCACCCGGACGUGAGCGGAUUUUAGGAUCGGAAGCGGUUUAAUCGAACUCCUGGGAAGAGCAACAUUCCAGGGCGCUGAGAAGCCGCCUUGAAAGGCGGGCUUCACACACACUCCUGCGUGGCCGGACAAACUGACCGGCCAGACGGACGGAUGCUCUGGUACAGCCUCCCCGGACCUGCAGCCCCGGGGGAGAGGUCCUCAUCAGUCCCGCGGCGCCGCAGGAAGCCCCGGGGGGCGGGGCUCCAGGCCACGCCCCCCAGCUCUGAUUGGCCCCUUCGAAACAGGCGGCAGCGCUCGGCGGCGAACUGCGGCGGCGGCGGCGGCGGCGGGGGCGGUUGGUCCCGGAGUGCUUGCACGCUCAGAUUGAGCCCGAGUCGCCCGGCAGGGAGAAGUGACUUCGCUCCCGGGCUGAUUUCAAGAACAGCGCUUCGGAGCCAACACUGCUGUUCCUUUUGUUUUUGACAAAGUCUCACAGGAAGAAUAUUAGUUUCAUCUCAGUGGAGAUGACUAUGCAGCCUGCAAUUCAGGUGUGGUUUGGGGAGGACCUACCUCUAAGUCCCAGGUGUCCCCUGACCCCCAGACACGGACCAGGACUGGCUGAUGUCUGUCAGUAUGACGAAUGGAUAUCCGUGAGGCAUGAAGCCACUCUACUGCCCAUGCAAGAAGACCUCUCGAUUUGGUUAUCUGGCUUACUGGGUAUUGACAUUAAGGCAGAAAGAUUGUUGGAAGAACUUGAUAAUGGAGUGCUGUUGUGCCAAUUAAUUAAUGUUCUUCAGAAUAUGGUCAAAGGAUGCCACUCGGAAGAACCAGGGAAUUUUCCAAUGAGAAAAGUGCCUUGUAAGAAAGAUGCUGCGUCAGGUUCAUUCUUUGCCAGAGACAACACGGCAAACUUCCUUCACUGGUGUCGGCAUAUCGGGGUUGAUGAAACUUACCUCUUUGAAUCUGAAGGUUUGGUUUUACAUAAAGACCCCAGACAGGUGUACCUUUGUCUUCUUGAGAUUGGUCGGAUUGUGUCAAGAUAUGGAGUUGAGCCACCAGUAUUAGUGAAACUCGAGAAAGAAAUUGAGUUAGAAGAGACGCUGCUUAAUACCUCGGGGCCUGAAGAGUCCAUCAACAUCCCCAAAUCUUGCUGUCAGCAUGAAGAACUACACGAGGCUGUUAGACACAUUGCUGAGGACCCUCCUUGUAGCUGUUCACAUCGAUUUUCUAUUGAAUAUUUAUCUGAAGGACGGUACCGGCUCGGGGAGAAAAUACUCUUCAUAAGGAUGCUUCACGGAAAACAUGUCAUGGUCCGCGUUGGCGGAGGCUGGGACACUCUGCAAGGAUUUUUGCUGAAGUAUGACCCUUGUCGAAUACUGCAGUUCGCUAUGCUAGAACAAAAAAUUUUAGCUUUUCAAAAAGGAGUUUCUAAUGGAAGUGUGCCGGAUGCACCUGCCAGAACGCCCCAGCCCCCAGAAAUGAACCCUUUGUCCGCGGUUAACAUGUUUCAGAAACAAAAUUUAAGACCUGGCACACCAGCGAGUGUUCCGAAGAGCAAGGAAAGACAGGUACGUCCCCCGGGAGUGUUGCCUCCAGCAUCGUCAGUGAAGGGUAGUCCGGCUUCCCUGUCCGCCCGUUUGAAACUUCCCGAUUCUCCAGCCUCAUUGUCCCACGCCAAGGUUGCAUCCUCAAAGGGCAGAGCACAAAAGCCCCACGCUCCUCCCAACACUGCGUCGUCUUCCCUGGCUUCUUUAAAUCCAGUGGGUAACAGCACCACACCAGCUUCGUCAGGCACUGCACAGUGUGCAUCGGAGUCAGCGGGAAAAUGUGUCACCGUCCCCAAGACUGCUAAGACUGUGGCUACUCCAGCGCAGAAGUCAAGAGACCUAUCUCAGUCUAGACUUUUGCCAAGUAAGUCUUCUGGAAAAACUGAACCAAAGUAUUUGAAACACAGUCAUCUUUCUUCCAGGGGUGAGUCACCUAUAAAUUUAUCAUCCAAAUGUCCAAAGCUCCCUAAAGGAAACAUGCAUGGAAGGCCUAACCCUUCUCCUUUCCAAUCCCCUGCAAAAGUGACCAAACCCAGUUCUAAAACCAGAGCCAUGGGUCUAGGGACACAGACUCAGCCCCCUGGUAGAACUCUGAAACCAAAGGUCACCUCAGCACCGAGACUUCAGUCCACCUUGAACGUCCACCAUCCAGCUUCUGUGUGUUCAGCGUCCUCCACAAAAGCUGCUCAGGAGUCGAAAGGUGAGAAUAGUGUUUCAGUUGCCAGAAAGCAACCACAGAGUAAGGGUACCUGCCAGAAGACAGGACCUGGCUCUCCGAAGUCUCCUGGCCGUACCCCACUGUCCAUUGUGAGUGUCCCCCAAUCUGCUGCCAAGGCAGAAACUGUCUCAAAGUUAGCACAGACUGCCGUGAAGGGCCAGUAUGCAGCUAAAGGGCCUCCCAAAAGUGGCAUGCCCCCAGCGUCCACCAGGAAGCCACCCUCAUCUGGGAAGGGCACAGCCAGUGGAGAUAAAAAACCGACUGCCAAGAAAAAGGAGGAGGAUGACCAUUAUUUUGUUAUGACUGGAAGUAAGAAGCUUAGAAAAUAAAUACACUUGUAUCAUUUUUAACAAAUCCAGGUGACCGAGCAGAAUGGGGAUCACCUCCACCAGGACCUCCAAAGGUCUUCCUAUGUGUGUUUGUCGGGAUAGCUACAGACAUGAGGUCAAGAUGGAGGAUGAAGUCAGGAGACAGGGCUGAGUCGAGGAGAAGACUCACACGCGUUUUGUAUGUUAAUAGGCACACGCAUGAGUUUAGAUCUGUGCUGUCUGUUAAUGUCUGCUGCUUGAGGAAAAAUGCAAAACUUCAACAACACUACUAGAAUUGUAACUAUAUAGUUGGUGUGUCUUUGAAGAGGUAUUAACUAUGGAGAGUUUCUGCUAAUAGCAACUCUGAUGUUCUUAACACUAGUUACUGUGUUCAAUCAUAAAGCAACGGUGUGUUUGGCUUUGGGGUGUGCCCUCUAAUCCCAGCUCUGAAGGCUGAGGCAGGACACUUGCCAGGGGUACAUAGUAAAACCCAGCCACGGUUUGACACAUGCUGUAAAAGGCACCGAAGUUAACUUUCUGAUCAGGAAUCCUGGUCCAGCAAUCCUAAGUACCAGUGGCGGCUGCUGCUGCUUGGUUUGACAUUCUGGAUAUUUAAUCUGGAAUUUAAGAAUUCCAUUUAGGAAUUCUUAUUAUUUAAUUCUCUAUAACCUUUCUAUGUCAGAAGGAAAUGGUUUUUUUUAAUUAAAAUUGGACUUUUAUUAAUACUAGUAGCAUUUUAUAAUCAAUAUUUUUGGUAAAAAAAAAAGAAAACCCAACCAAGUAAAUUAACUUAUUGGAACAUAACCUGAGAUUUAGUAAAAAGUAAGAUUUUUUUAAUAUGACAACCUACAUACUUUGUAUCUUAUUUUUUUAGAUGAAAUCUGCAGUGUGACAGGGAAAGAGAUUUAAUAGCUUCUAGCAUAUUUCCUAUGUAUACAGACAAGUAUUUUUACAUUGAAACAGUGUGUUUUGAUAUCAGAAUUAGGUUUUAACGAUCUUAAAACUAAGAUGAUAGAGACUGGGGAGGUGGCUCAGUGGAUAAAGCCCUUCUUGUGCAGACCUGAGGACAAGAGUUUGGAUCCUUAACCUACAUAGAAAUGGGUGGGCAUGAUGGUCUCCGUGUGUAGUCCCAGCAUGCAGGAGGAAGAGACGAGAUCUCCUGGGAUGAGCUGGCUGGUUAGACUAGGCAAACAGAUGAGCUCCAGCUUUUUUGCGAGAUGCUGAUUCAUUAAAUAGAGUAGUAAAUAACAAAGGAAAACACUCACUACCAACUUCUGGUCUCUCUCUAGACACAUACUUGUGUACCUGCACGUGUGUACACACACAUAAAAUUAAGAUGGUAUUAAAAGGGCCUUAGAGUGCUACUAUGUACACAUUCUAUCACAUGACUUGUAUGUCUUUUGAUACCACACUAUCAGUUUUAAUUAGAUUCUCCAAAUUAUGUUAAUCCUCAUCAAUAAAGCCAUAUUGUACUCAGUUUUCCAGUGGCCAGCAGACAGACUGUGUGUGUGUGUGUGUGUCCGUGUCCAUCCGUCUGUUCUGUAGGCAGAUUCUCUUCAGGAACAUCCAGAUGAUGUAAUGACAGCAUAAACUCCUUCCACCGACAGGGAUACUUGUAAAUAUUUUGCAUAUGGGUCUGUCACUAUUUAAAGUUUAUUAAUGUACUUUGGGAAGUUUUAAGGGUUUUAAGUAACUUUAUGGUAUUAUCAAUUGUCAUAAGUUUUAGAAAAAAAACAGAUACAGUGCUACAUGCUUGUAAUUUCAGAACUUGGGAAAUAGAGGCAGGAGGAUCAGAAAUUCAAGGUCAUCAUCAGCUGUGUACUGGAGACAUGUCUCAAGGGAAAAAAAAAUGGCAUUUUGACUCUUAUAACUCCAAUGCCCUCCCUUUUCUAUCUCCUUCUCAUCUUCCUUUCCCUUCAUUUUCUUUGUGAUACUGAGGAUCCAUUCUGGGGCAUCUCACAUGCUAGAUAAGCAUGACUACCGAGCUUCAUCUCCAGCUCCUUUAAAUACAUACAGUUCCCAGAGCAAAACAAAACAGUUUACCCAGAAGUGCGCUCAUGGAGUGACUAAGCAUCUUAGCUGGCUGCUGCCGUUCUACAGAUGUACAGUGAGAGAACCUUGUGUCAAAGUCAGUGAUCUUUACCCAAGGAUUAUGCUUAAAAUCAAAGAUCUACUCAGAAAGCCACCGAGGUCUUGGUUUACUUCCCCUGUUCUGAGCGUUGACAAUGGCCGUAUUUACAUCUUUGAAAGCACCUCUAGUGUAGAGGAGGUGCCAAGAACAUUGCUAGUAAUUGGGAAUAUCUAACUCACCUUCCAAAGAGGAAGGGCUGUACCUUUAUAGAGGUUAUUCCCUCAUGUAGGGGACCAUAAAUCAUUUGUAUAUCAGUAACUUCUGGGAAUUAAAAGAAAAAUGUAAAUGGUAUUAUAGGCAGCCCUAGCUGUGACUCAGUAGAUUUUUUACAAUUUUAAUUAUCUUUGUGCUGGGUAAUCAAGAGUAAAGAUAAUUGCUCAGGUACCUGGCAUAAAUUCUAGAAUUUAGAAUUAUUUAUUUGGAAAAUAAAGUGUAUUGGUCUGUUCUUCCGCAGAAGAGAAUUUCUCCAGCUAUAGUCAUAUAGGAUGAAUUUCUCCUUCUGUGUAGCUUGACUUUCCCAAACAUACGCUUUAUGUGAAUAAGAAAUUAAAUUCCAUGGGGCUGGAGAGGUGGCUUAGCAAUUAAGAACACUUGUUACUCUUGCAGAGGACCCAAGUUUGAUUUCUAGUACCCACGCGGUGGCUCACAGCCAUCCAGAACUCCAAAACCCCCGUUUCAGGGUAUCUGAUGCCCUCUUCUGGCCUCCACAGGCACCAGGCAUGCAUAUGGUACACAUACAUACGUGCAGAUAAAACAUUCAUAUAUGCAAUAAAUGUAAAAAACUUUUCCCUCCCUCACAAAUUAAAACUUAAGUUCCUUAAAGUAUAUUGUGAAAUUUUCUAAAGAACUGAUGAAUCACUGCUACAAUUUAAAAAAUAUAUUGUAGUUGUAUUCAUUUUUUCUUAGUAAUAGUGUAUUACAUAAAGUAUUUUUAUGUUUAAUCUUUAAUAAAGCAAAUAUCAAGCAUAAAAUGCGGAAGUACCUGGAAGAUAUGUGUGGUUUCUUAAAAAUGGAAUGUUUUUGGGUUUUUUUGCUAUAAUUUAUGAAUGUAUAAUUAUAUAAAACAGAAAAGUGAAACACUUAUUUUUAGAUCGGCCCUCAAGUAAGGUGUUUGAAGAGGGUGCCUUCAGAAUGCUUGGAGUAAUUAGUGACCUAGAAGUGUCGUCCACAUUAUUUUUUUCUUAGACAAGAUCUCCUUAUACAGAUGUGGCUUGCCUGGCACUCUCUAUGUAGCCCAGGCUGGCCUUGAGCUCUGUGGGGCGUUUACCCACCACCCCCACAGUUCCCCCGAGUUUUCUUGAGUGUGAGCAGCAGGAAAUAUUAGAAGGGUUUAAUGUGGAGAAUAGUUCGGAGAUAAACAGAUAGAAAAUAAAGGAUAGCCUCCAGAGGGCCUGGAACCUUUUCCAAGGGGCCCCGACUGUCUCUGUGCCAGGGUUUUUAUAGAGACGCCAAGGGGUGGAGCAAAAGACCUCCUCCCCCAGCACAGCCAAGUGCAGACCAUCUCAGACACCUGCACUCAAGCCCGUGGUCCUAAUCAUCCUCCUUGUUGCGGACCUGCUGGGUAAAGUCAGGAAGAACCUGAAAAUGGGCUCCCACAGGGCUCAUAGCAAUCCUCCUGCCUCAGACUCCUGAGUGCUGAUUUUGAGCUACUACACUCUGCCAGAGUUUGUAGUUCUUAAUGGAUAAAGGAAUAGUUUGAAGAAAACUUUUUUUUUUUUUUUUUUUGGUUUUUUGAGACAAGGUUUCUCUGUGUAGCUUUGCACCUUCCCUGGAACUCGAUUUGGAGACCAGGCUGGCCUUGAACUCACAGAGAUCCGCCUGCCUCUGCCUCCUGAGAGCUAGGAUUAAAGGCAUGCGCCACCACCGCCCAGCCAAAGAAAACAUUUUUUUUCUGCAAUCACUUCAUGUCUAAUUUAAAAAUCUGUUACUUCCUUAAAAGGAGCUAAUAAAGGUUUUGAUGUACUCUUACGUCCAAGUUUCAUACCGACUCUAUGUGAGACUGGAUUUGUAUGGAUUAUGUUUUUUGUGUGUUUGUGUACCAGCAGUGUUUGUAUCCACUUUAACUUAUUUUUUCUCAA